AGUUGUCACAUUAUGCAGAUACUCCGUAAUACUACGAAAACCUGUACUAUUUUUAUGUACUAAUUUCUUUGUUUACAUUUAAUGGCGGCUACGAUGAAUGCAAGACGGGACAAGCCCGCAACAAUUUCGUUCACACUGCCCAUUUCAUGUCAAAUAUGUCUCGGCAAGGUGAAGCAGCCUGUGCUGUGUCCAAACAACCAUGUUUUCUGCUCACCAUGUAUGGAUGUCUGGCUGCAGAGAAUCCAGCAGUGUCCUGCCUGCCGAACUCCAGUGGACUCCAGUAACCCCAUCAAACAUAUCAAAGGGGGAUUGAAUCAAGUUGAGGACAAUAAAGAAAAGAUGACUAACCCAGAUAUGAGAAGAGCCAGAUUUGAACUGCUGUACAAGGAAUAUGAGGAUGAAUUUAAUCAUCUAGAAUCUGAGGUGAAGCUUUUCAAAAAGGAGAAUGAAAUCUUGAAAGAGCAGCUCAAGAGAGAUGGGAGGUCAGAGGUCAGUGGAAGACCAGAUUUCAUUCAUCCAGGAUCCUCGGAUACAAGUAGUCUGAUGACACUCACCAAGAAACUACAAGAUGCCCAGAAACUAUAUGAACGCCUCAAAACCGACAUGAAGAAGGUCAAUGAGGAAAAUAACAAACUCAAGGAUGAAAAGGUCAACCUUAACCGAGAAAAUGAGACUCGAAUGGAGAUUGCAACCCGAUCUCCACACAGAUAUGGGAGAUACACUGUUGCAACAUUGGAAGCAAAGGUUGAGAGCUAUGAAAAGGAAGUAAGACAACUGAAUAAAGCUUUGGAACGAAGUGAUAGAUAUGUGGAAGAUCUUGAAUCCGAACUAAAAAAACUGAAAGGAAUAAUCCCAGGCAAAUCCAGCUCUGUUCCCCACAAAUCUUCCUUAGAUUCAAGGAACAAAGAUCAUGUCUCUGAAAAUCCGGCCAAAAGACAGCUGUUUGGAAGCUCCAUGGAAGAUUUAAGAAAUCUUCAUGCUGGAGAUUUGAUCUCAGUAAAAGCCAGACAAAUGCCAACAUCCACUGUCUAUCAGAAAGUUGCUUCCGACAGAGCAUUUGGAGGAUCUGUAAAUGGCUUCAUGGAUUCCAAGUCAAGAUCACAAAAAGAGAUGCAAAAGAGAGAUGACACAGAGAUCACCAUGAACAGCACCUCUGAUUCAGGAUCACCAAUAAAAGAUAAGAGUCCCAAAAAAGUGCAUUUUUCUCUCCCCCAAAAAACAUAUGAUACAUCAUCCUUUGAUCUGGAUCAGCCAAGUCCACUGACACCCUCAAGUGCAUUAGAGAAAUUGGCCAUUGGGAAUGGUAGAUCAUCACCAAGUGAGAUUGAGUCUAGAUAUUUUGAACGUGCGAGGUAUGGCUCUGAAACCUCUGAUAGAAAGAAUUCUGUGGAUGGCAAUUCAUCCCUUGAUAGUUUUGAUGGCUUGGGGAAAAAAGGAAAGUCCAUUCUUAAAACUACAGAAAAAUAUGAUGAUACUUCAAGUACAAGCCUACUUAGUGUUCCUGACUUUGAAACAACACCUACAAAGAGGUUUAAACACAGGCAUGACCUUGAGUUGAGUGACCUUGAUGACACACAGACAAUUAGAAGUGAGCUUGAUGACCUGAAUAUAUCUCUGACACCAGAGUUAAGUGACUGUAUGAAAUUGUUGAACCGAGCUGAGAAGAAAACACACAAUUUUGAAGGAACUGUUCAAGACACAGCAGGUAGCACUCCAGCUUCUGCUGUCAUUGCGGCGUCCAGUUGUGUAGCUCACCCUGUGUCAAGGCCACCCCAAGCACUUCCUGCUAACUCCUUGCUCUCUGCUGCUGUCGUCCCAAACCAAUCAGUGGUUAGCUACCCUGCUACAUCCAGCAUUACAUUUGCACCUUCAGCUCUCAGGACAUCCUCAACGAAAUCAUUAGUUCCAGACCGACUUGAACAUUUGACAGGUGCAAGUGAAAUAAGCAAGACAGGGAACUAUAGUUACGUGUCUAAUGCCUCAAAUGACCUUUCAUCCAGAGGGUCAGACUCUUAUUUGCCAGAGCCCAAAAAGCGCCUUUUUGAGAGUGGAGAUGAUCUAGAUCUGACUUUAAGCCCUAUCAAGUCAACCAGAAUUCACUAGUCAGUUCCAAUUGAAAAGGUCAACCCCAAAACGUUGAUCAUCAUGGCACAUGCUUUAUCACAUUUGCACCAACCACUUAAAACCUCAAACAGGAACAUGAGAUAAUGCUUAACUCAAAGACAAUCUUUAAAAUUGUAUGAAAUCAAAGUAGGUCAAAUGUGAAUGUGUAUUUUUGUCCUUGUAAAUCAUUUCAUGUAUGUGACAAACACCCAAACACGCCUCUUCUAUGUCGGGGCAACUGUUUCUCUUGCUUGCCACUCAUGCCACUUCUAAUCCCUCACUUUCCCUUCCCAUCACACAAAAGAUACAUGUGUUUGUAUUUGGGAACUGCAGUAUUCAACAUAACACAUUCUUGAAGAACAAAACUUCAGUUACCUUCCUCAAUGGUUACACUCUCUGUUGCAAAUAUUCAAUUUUGCAUUAUGUGGAGUUACGGCAAUUUUCCGCUGAUCCACAUAUUUCCGCCGAUUCCUUUUUUCAAAUUGAUCAGUUCUGUGAAUCGUCUGAACGCCCCCAUUCAAUCACACAAUGUUAAGUUUUCAGCUGAAAAUAGAUUUUCCUGUUGCCGUAUCUAAUAAUGUGUUCUUGUUUAGUGUUCAUUCCGCAAGUUGGUGAAUGGUAAACUUUCCUGCCAAAUCUUUGUAACUAUUUAUCUUGUUGCAUCACCACAAUCGUCUUUGGUUUAGACUAUUUUUUUUGACAAUCCCAUCAAAAAGCCAACAUUUUGUUUCAUUAGAGGGCAAUAGUGACCGUUUGAUUUCAUAUUUGGGAAUCUGUUAUUGUUCAUGUGCUUUUACACCAAUAUGACUUUUAAUGUUAUGUAUCCUAUGUAUCAUGAAACGGGUUGUCAAUCAGUGUGUCGUUCUAUAGGCCUCAUUUCG